GCGUUACAUUCACAAAGUCUCUCUGCUUUCUCAUUUUCUGUCAACAGAACAAAAUGGCGACGAUCAAGGCUGUUAAAGCUCGUCAGAUAUUCGACAGCCGUGGUAAUCCUACAGUUGAAGUUGAUGUUACGCUCUCUGAUGGAACAUUGGCCAGAGCUGCAGUACCCAGUGGUGCUUCAACAGGUAUAUAUGAAGCCCUAGAAUUAAGAGAUGGAGGUUCUGACUAUCUAGGAAAAGGUGUCUUGAAGGCUGUGGAGAAUGUCAACUCAAUAAUCGGACCUGCCUUGAUUGGAAAGGACCCUUCAGAGCAAACAAAAAUUGACAACUUCAUGGUUCAAGAACUUGAUGGAACUGUAAACAAAUGGGGUUGGUGCAAACAGAAGCUUGGAGCAAAUGCUAUACUAGCAGUCUCACUUGCUGUGUGUAAAGCAGGAGCUUCAGUGAAAAAAAUCCCUCUCUAUAAGCACAUUGCAAACCUUGCUGGAAACAAGACGUUGGUGCUGCCUGUACCAGCAUUCAAUGUGAUAAAUGGAGGUUCACAUGCAGGCAACAAGCUUGCAAUGCAGGAGUUCAUGAUUCUCCCUGUUGGAGCUUCUUCUUUCAAGGAAGCCAUGAAAAUGGGUGUGGAAGUAUAUCAUAACUUAAAGUCUGUGAUCAAAAAGAAAUAUGGUCAGGAUGCCACAAAUGUUGGUGAUGAAGGUGGCUUUGCUCCCAACAUCCAGGAGAACAAAGAAGGUCUUGAGCUCUUGAAGACUGCAAUAGCAAAAGCUGGAUAUACUGGAAAAGUUGUUAUUGGAAUGGAUGUUGCUGCUUCCGAGUUCUAUGAAGACAAGGGCAAAACCUAUGAUUUGAACUUUAAGGAAGAGAAGAAUGAUGGAUCAGAGAAGAUAUCAGGGGACAGUUUGAAGAACGUGUACAAGUCAUUUGUGGGUGACUACCCGAUUGUAUCAAUAGAGGAUCCGUUUGAUCAAGAUGAUUGGGAACAUUAUGCAAAGAUGACAUCAGAAAUUGGUGAACAGGUUCAGAUUGUUGGUGAUGAUCUUCUCGUGACAAAUCCCAAGCGUGUAGAGAAAGCAAUCAGAGAGAAGAGUUGCAAUGCCCUUCUUCUUAAGGUGAACCAAAUUGGAUCGGUUACAGAAAGCAUAGAGGCAGUGAGAAUGUCGAAGCGUGCUGGAUGGGGUGUGAUGGCCAGCCAUAGAAGUGGUGAAACAGAGGAUACUUUUAUUGCAGAUCUUUCAGUUGGUUUGUCAACGGGUCAGAUUAAAACUGGAGCUCCUUGUCGUUCAGAACGACUUGCAAAAUACAACCAGCUUCUGAGGAUAGAAGAAGAGUUGGGAGCAGCAGCAGUGUAUGCAGGAGCAAAAUUCCGUGCACCGGUUGAGCCUUAUUAAACCAAACUACUAAUUAGUAUGCUAUUCAGGAACUCACUCUGCUUUUGUGUAAUCAUCUUAAAGUUUAUGCUUUUGAACAAUAUUUACUAGAAAGUAGAAACCCAAACCAAUUUGGGCCUUGGUCAACACGUUUGCUUUUAGAUUGGGUUUGUUACUUUUCGAAGUUUUCUUUAUUACAGCUUUUAUUCAUAACCAUUAAUAGUCCACUUAAUUUGGGUUGAAUCACUCUAGGCCGAGAGAAACCAG